AUGCACAAAUUGGUCACACUCGGCCCGUGCCUGGAGGAGACGGCGGCGCCAAGUCCCGGCUACGAGCCGCAGGCCGGAGCGGUGGCGGCUGCGACGGUCAAGGCGCUGGUGGCGCCGUGGGUGGCGCUGGACGAGUUGGUGGACAGACGGUUGCCGACGGGCGUCUCAGCGGCGCUGGCGGCUAUCUCGGGUGCGAAACUGGCGGUACUCGCUGCUCCGUCGACGUGGGCGCUCAAAGACCCUGCCCUUCCGCAUGAACUGCAUCGCCUCGGCCUCUCCCGCUGCCCGGCUCCGCUACGCGGCCGCUACAUCCCGACCGGUGUCUCCUUCCACGAGCCGCUGCAACUCAAGGCUGCUGCUGGGCGGGCGGCGCUGCUGUCGGCGGUCGUGGCCGGGCCAUCGCACGAUGCCAGUGCCCGCGAGGAUUUGGCUGCUGUCGCCGCCACCUGCAUGGCCUACUGCCUCAAGCGCAAGCGCGAUUUGUUGGUCUCGGAGCCGCCGACCACCGCCACCGCAGGCCUGAGCUGGGAAGAGGCUUUUCGUCGCGUCUUUGACGCCGACGGCUUUGCACCCAAGUUUGCACAGCUCGGCCUGCGGCUCAUUACCGGGCCGCGGGCUGCGAUGACUGCCGCGGCGCUGCAGGCGACUCGGCCGUUUGUGUGGGCGACGUCGACCGGUGACGGCGAUGCAGAGACGCUGCUUGCUCUGCGUGCCGGCCUCGGCGGCUGUCCAGGCGCAGUGCUGACGCUUGCCGCCGACGGAGAGUCGCUGGUGGUCUCGCCCGAUCCGGGCGCUGUCGGCCACAUCUACGCUUGGUCGCGCGCGCUGGCGCACCGCGCCGUCCUUGACGGUUCAGCGCUGCUCGGCCGCUUUGCACUUCUCCUGCACAAGAUCCUUGCGCUAGUUGUCUCGCGCAAGCUCGAAGGUGGGCUGACCAUGGCCGCCGCCGGCCUCGACGCGCCGGAAAAGGCUGUCCAGCUUCGGCUCGUCGCCGAAGUUGCCCGCCACUUUGCCGCUGCUCUCUACAGCGACCGCAAACUCGGCGCCCUGGUCCAGGGCAAGCCCGUGCCCGAGUCGGAGCCAGAGCCCAUUCCGCCUCUGUAUCCCGAGCCCGAGGGGAGCAAGCCGCAAAGCGACGCCGACAUCGCCAUGGCAGCGUCGACAGCUGACGGCGGCGACGAUGGCAUAUUGCUCGAUGACGGCGAUGCCGAGCUCGCGGAUCUGCUCGGCGACGAUCUGAUGCUCGACGGCGAGUCCGCUGCCGGCGGCGGCGAUGACAUCGACAUCGAUGUCGACAACCUGCUCCUUCUCGAUGACGACGACGGUGCUGACGGUGGAAGUGCGACGGGGAGCAACGUACAGCAACUCCAUCCCGGCAUGGCUGGCGAUGAGGCCGACCUUGAGCUCCUUGGCGACGACAUCUCCGACCUCAACGAGCUCCUUGCCGAGGCUGGGCGGCAGCUGGACGGAGUGACGGACGCGUCUGUCGGCGACGUUGAUGACGAUGUCAACGGCUUCCAGCUCUCAUCCGACGACGACGACGAGUAUCUUGGCUACGGCGGAGGCGCUGAGUAACACCAUCAUGUGGCGGGC